AUGGCAUGGUCUGAUCUCCCCAUAGAUAUCCUCUGUUGCAUCUCAUCACACUUGUGCAUUGUAGACUUAGUUCGAUUAUCUGUUGUCUGCACCUCAUGGAGUUUCACUCUUGCCAACUAUGCACUCCUUGGAUUUCAAUGUUGUCCCUCCCCCUGGUUGCUCCAUUCCUAUGAUGUCGAAGAGGCCUCUGAUACACUCACCUUCUACGAACUUACCAUAGAAAGAGAAGAAGUUGUCGUCAGCUUCCAUCGUCGCUUCUCCUCCAUCGGUGGCCACACCUAUGGCCGCCGUUGUUUUGGCUCCAAGUAUGGAUGGCUUGUGACCCUUGACAAAACAGAUCUACAGCCUUGCCUCUUCAACCCUAUCACAAAGGCUGAAAUAUCGCUCCCAUCCCUUUUCACCUUGAUCAACCCACAAUAUGCCCCUGACGGCUCCAUUAGGAUUUUUUGCACUGAUUUUUUCUUUGAUAUUAUGAUUAACGACUUACGUGAUAAAUAUUUUCAUAAGUUCAUUAUCUCAUCUAAUGACUCCUCUGGAUCUAUUGUUGUUAUUUACGGCGUUAUAAAACAGCUUGCUUUGGCAAGGUUAGAAGAUCCGACUUGGGUUCUCGGGCCACAUUUAUCUCCUUACAGCAUGGAGGGCAAGCAACAGUUUGAGGAUGUUUGCUAUCAUGAAGAAAAUCAAAGAUUUUACGCAAUCACAAAUUUUUCUAUGGUGCUUGCUUUUGACCUCAAUGGACAAAAUGUUGAAUUGAUCUGCCCGAAUAUGCCCAACCCAUACCAUCGCACCAGAAACUUCUAUCAUUUUUACUAUAUUACCUUUUUGUCAGGAACUCUUCUAAGAAUGGAGAGGGUGGUUAAUCUUACUCGUGAUGGAAACUAUAAUUCAACAACGAGGGCUAUCUUUGUUUCCAAGUUUGUGCCAGGUGUUGUUACUUCUUCUUUUACUGCUUCUUCUUCUUCUUCUUCUUCCUCUCAAUGGAUCCCCGUCAACGAGCUGGGGGGAUACUCCAUUUUUGUAGGUUAUAAUCAGACAUUUUCUUCGCAUCACAAGGCUGCUAUUGGAAUUAAACCAAACUGCAUAUACUUUGCUGAUAAUUCAAGCAACAUGAUGGCAGGUUAUUUUGAUUGUGAUGUUGGACUUUUUGAUCUUUACAAUGAUCGCAUUCAGCAUAUCCUUCACCCUUAUCCAAAGAACAAAUGCCCUCCAUCAAUAUGGUUUACACCAUCAUUUUCAUAA